AUGUACAGUACACCCUCGAAAGCUCCUAUGGGGAAGCUGCUGUUGCUGCUGGUCGCUCAAGAGGAAAGGAAACCGGCCGCUGUCCUCACUGCUCUCAGCAGCAGCAGCGAACUGGAGGAUUCAACAUCGAUUCAAAUCGAGAUUCGUUUGGAGGAAAUUGAUAGCCUGUGGGAAAAACUGAACGAUACUUUGAUCGAAAUUCAAUCUCAUGAUGAUUUCGACUUAGAUGAAACAUUUUUCGAGCGUGAAAGGGUUACGUUUAGUGAAAAAUAUUAUCAUGCUAAAGCCUUUCUAAUGGAGAAGCUAAAAGAAAGGGCACAGAUACCGGAUUUAAACAGUACAUCUAGGGGGAAUGACUCGUUAUUGCAACCAACUCUUGAUCACGUUCGACUUCCUCAAAUCAAACUUCAAACAUUUAAUGGUAACAUUGAAGAAUGGUUAAGUUUUCGAGAUUUAUACAUGUCCCUCAUUCAUUGGAAGUCUGAUUUACCGGAAGUGGAAAAGUUUCACUAUCUUAAGGGUUGUCUACAGGGUGAACCAAAAGCACUAAUUGACCCUAUUAAGAUUACCAAGACUAAUUAUCAAAUCGCCUGGGAUUUGUUACUGAAAAGAUAUAACAAUAGCAAGCUCUUAAGGAAAAGACAAGUCCAAGGUCUGUUUCAGCUCUCUUCUUUGUCGAAGGAAUCCGUCAGUGAUCUGCAAGUUCUCUUAGAAGGAUUUGAGAGAAUUGUGCAGACUUUAGAUCAAAUCAUUCAACCUGAAGAUUACAAGGAUCUUCUUCUGGUCCAUCUUCUCUCCUCACGUCUCAAUCCUGCGACACGCAGAGGAUGGGAAGAAAGCUCCGCAGCCAAGGACCAAGAUGUUGUUCAAGAUUUGACGGAAUUCCUUCGCAGGCGAGUGCGUGUAUUGGAAUCUUUGCCAGCUAAGGUAGUGGAACCCAAGUCAGUUCAACCCCAGUCAGUUUCCAGAUAUAAGCAAUUUACUAAGGGUAGCUUCAGUUCGAUCCAAUCGUCUGGUAGAGCGUGUGUUGCUUGUAAUGAGGAUCAUCCAUUAUUCCGUUGCCAGGCUUUUCAGCGCAUGAAGAUUGAUGAUCGUGAAGGGUUGCUUCGAAGUCAUUCACUUUGUCGAAAUUGCUUUAGCAAGAGCCACAAGGCUAAGGAAUGCAAAUCAAGGUAUUCCUGUCGCCAUUGUAAGGGUCGACAUCACAGCUUGGUUUGUUUCAGCAUGGAAAAGGGGGAAUCUAGAGGUUCUAGAUAUCGGAAGGACAAUGUAGAAUCAAGGCCUCAUGAACCAAUGGUUGUAUCAGCUCCUCAAGUUACAAAUCUUGCAGCGACAGAUAUCCAGUCCUCCAACGCUGCUUCCCAACGCUCGUCACAGGUUCUUUUGGCCACAGCAGUAGUGAUUUUGGAAGAUGACUACGGUAGUCAAUAUCCAGUAAGGGCUCUUCUCGACUCUGGCUCAGAAGGCAAUCUUCUCACGGAGCGUAUGAGUCAGCGAUUGAAAACCACAAGGGAAAAGGUGGACAUUUGUGUCGUUGGGGUAGGACAGGCUGCAACCAAGGUGAAACAAAGAGUGUACGCCACGAUUCGAUCGCGUGUUUCGGAGUUUUCGCGCGCUAUGAGCUUCCUUGUUCUACCAAAAGUAACUGUAAAUUUACCCACAACAACGAUAAAGACAACAAGCUGGAGAUUUCCAGAGGGUAUCCAAUUAGCAGACCCUUCGUUUUCGAUCUCUAGUGAGGUAGACGUUGUUUUGGGAAUAGAAUCUUUCUUUGAUUUCUUCCAUACCGGAGAAAAGGUCGAUUUGGGAGAUCAGAUGCCCUCUCUGAAUCAUUCAGUGUUUGGUUGGGUAGUCUGCGGAGGUUUACCGAUCCCACGACAGGCUAGGCAAGUUACGGUAAACGCUUCUACUACUGAAGAUUCUUUGGAAACUCUUAUGACUCGAUUUUGGUCCUGUGAGGAGAUCGAGUCAAACAAUUUCCUUUCAACAGAGGAGAAAAGGUGUGAAAGGUUCUUCUCGAAAACGGUAAAACGUGAGCCAGACGGAAGGUAUACGGUUUCACUACCUCGGAAUGAUAGCAUGUUAGAGCGAUUAGGUGAAUCGCGUGAGAUCGCUGUGAGGCGGUUCUUGGCAACGGAACGGAGACUUUCUAGGGACGAAAAUCUGAGGAAGCAAUACGAAGAAUUUAUGGAAGAAUAUCUUCAUAUGGGUCACAUGCACAAGGUGUUCGAGUUGAAGAAUGAGUCGGGAAAGAAGUCCUAUUUUGAGUCUGGAAAUUCAACAUUGUCAAAUCACUCAUGUCAUGAAGAAGAUCAAGGGCCAGUUAAGCGUUGUUUUCUGCCUCACCAUCCAGUUGUAAAAGAGGCUAGCACUACAACUAAGGUCAGGGUCGUUUUUGACGCCUCGUGUAAAACCUCGUCUGGAAUAUCGUUGAACGAUGGACUUUUGAAUGGCCCUGUAAUUCAGGACGACCUCCGCUCAAUUAUUCUUCGCUGUCGAACCAAACAGGUCAUGGUUGUUGCUGACAUUGAAAAAAUGUUCAGGCAAAUCAAUAUCGCUGAAGCUGAUCGUCCUUUACAAUCCAUUUUGUGGCGAUCAUCUCCCAACGAGAAUAUCUGCGUCUAUGAACUACGAACUGUCACCUACGGAACAAAACCAGCACCGUUUCUAGCCACUAGAACGCUGCAGCAGUUGGCCACAGAUGGAAUGGGUGAAUUUCCGCUUGCAGCAUGUGCUGUAUUGAACGACACUUAUAUGGAUGAUGUCAUCACAGGAUCGGAUACCAUAGAAGAAGCAUGUGAGUUACAAGGUCAGCUUGAUAAAUUGAUGAGUUCUGGUGGAUUUCGCUUGAGAAAAUAUGCCUCAAAUUGUCCCGAAGUUUUGAAUAACAUACCCGAAGAAAACUUAGCAAUCAAACGUCCAGAAGGUAUAAUACUGGAUCCCGAUCCAUCGGUCAAGGCUUUAGGUUUGACAUGGAUGCCCACCUCCGAUGUGCUAAGUUUUCAAUUCACUAUUCCAUCCCUAGAAUCCUCUGAACCCUUGACAAAAAGGCGAAUUUUGUCCAUUAUUGCCAUGUUGUUUGAUCCUUUGGGGCUUAUUGGAGCCGUAAUUGCAACUGCUAAAAUUUUUAUGCAGCUACUUUGGACGUUGCGAGAUGGUGAGGGCCAGAAACUUGAAUGGGAUCAGCCAGUUCCACUAUCGCAAUUCAUGGGUGAAUUGCCAGCAGAACGUGUUACAGAAUCACGCCCAUUCAACAAAACCGGGGUGGAUUAUUUUGGCCCAGUUCAAUUACGCUAUGCGCCUAGAAAGCCAGCAGCCAAAGCUUACGUAGCUGUGUUCAUUUGUUUUGCGACGAAGGCGGUUCAUUUGGAACUGGUAACAGACCUUACCACUGAUCGUUUCCUACAGGCACUAAGAAGGUUUCUUGGAAGGUGGGGAAAGAUUUCUGACAUCUUCUCCGACAAUGGAACUAAUUUUGUGGGUGCUAGGAAUUAUCUCUUAGACUUGGUGAAACUACUAGGGUCUAAAGAUCAUAACGAGAAGGUUUCUAAGUUCUGCUCAAACGAUGGCAUUCAAUGGCAUUUGAACCCCCCUCGAGCGCCACAUUUUGGGGGCUUAUGGGAGGCGGCAGUAAAGUCAGCUAAAAACCAUAUCAUUAGGGUCAUUGGUGACCACCCGCUUUCCUUCGAGGACAUGCAAACGUUAUUGGUACAAGUUGAGGCGUGUCUCAAUUCACGGCCCAUAACUCAGCAGUCAGACGAUCCAAAUGAUCUCGAACCUCUUACGCCGGCACACUUUUGGCUGGGAUCCUCUUUGCAAGCACUUCCGGAACGCAAUUUAUUGGAUAUAUCUGAAAAUAGGUUGAAUAAAUCACAAGUGAUCCAACAACGAGUACAGCAAAUUUGA